CUCGCCGCCGCCGCUGCUGCUGCUGAGCGGGUGAAGCACUUUAUUCAGAAAGUUCGGCUGCAUCUGACGGCUCCGGGGCUUUGAAAAAUGGACAGCCAAGGACGAAAAGUGGUGGUUUGUGAUAACGGAACAGGGUUUGUCAAGUGUGGCUAUGCCGGAUCCAACUUCCCAGAGCACAUCUUCCCAGCACUGGUGGGCAGGCCCAUCAUCCGAUCCACGGCUAAAGUGGGCAACAUUGAGAUAAAGGAUCUGAUGGUGGGAGAUGAGGCAAGUGAGCUGCGGUCAAUGCUGGAGGUGAACUAUCCCAUGGAGAACGGCAUCGUCAGGAACUGGGACGAUAUGAAGCACUUGUGGGAUUACACCUUUGGUCCAGAGAAGCUCAACAUCGACUCACGCAACUGCAAGAUCCUUCUUACAGAACCUCCCAUGAACCCCACCAAGAACCGUGAGAAAAUCAUCGAGGUCAUGUUUGAGACUUACCAGUUUUCAGGCGUUUACAUUGCCAUACAGGCUGUGCUAACACUUUAUGCUCAAGGCCUUCUGACUGGAGUAGUGGUGGAUUCAGGCGAUGGAGUCACCCACAUUUGUCCUGUGUACGAGGGUUUUUCUCUGCCCCAUCUGACGAGGAGACUGGAUAUUGCAGGAAGAGAUAUUACACGCUAUCUCAUAAAGCUGCUCUUGCUGCGAGGUUAUGCCUUCAACCACUCGGCAGAUUUCGAGACGGUCCGCAUGAUGAAGGAGAAGCUCUGCUACGUGGGCUACAACAUCGAGCAGGAACAGAAGCUCGCUCUGGAGACCACUGUACUGGUGGAGUCCUACACGCUCCCUGAUGGCCGGGUUAUUAUGGUAGGAGGCGAGCGGUUUGAAGCUCCAGAGGCUCUGUUCCAACCUCACCUCAUUAAUGUGGAAGGGGUCGGAGUGGCUGAACUUCUCUUCAACACCAUUCAAGCAGCAGACAUUGACACCAGGGCUGAGUUCUAUAAACAUAUUGUUCUGUCGGGGGGAUCCACAAUGUAUCCUGGUCUGCCCUCUCGACUAGAGAGGGAACUUAAACAGCUGUAUCUAGAGCGGGUACUGAAGGGUGAUGUCGACAAGCUCUCUAAAUUCAAGAUCCGGAUCGAGGAUCCUCCCCGGCGCAAGCACAUGGUGUUCCUGGGUGGGGCCGUGCUGGCUGACAUCAUGAAAGACAAGGACAACUUCUGGCUGACGCGGGAAGAGUAUCAGGAAAAGGGCAUGCGUGUUCUGGAGAAGCUCGGAGUCACCGUCAGAUAAACAUGGAUGCAGAUCUCAUAAAACCACACCGGCCCUUGCAUCUGUCAAUUGAUCUAUUUUACAUUACCCAUUUAUUUUCUUCAGAUGUGUGGAGAGAUGGGUUUGGAUUGUGAAAUGUGCUGGGGAGGUUUUGUUUAUCUUUUUCAGUUUUGUUUGGUCCUCUGUCCACUGACGAACAAGUAGCACAGCAUUGUCAUCAGCGGUCAUUGUAGUUUUCUCCACCAGUGCUUGUGUUUGCGUAACAUUAAAGGCAUUUAAAGGAAUAUUCUAGGUUCAAUGCAAGUUUUUGUGGCAUAAUGCUGAUUACGACAAAAAAUUAUUUCGACUCGUUCCUUGUUUCAUAAAAAGAGCAGUAACAGUAAAGCACUUCUCCCCCUCUAUUUUUUUAUUUUUUAUUUCAGUUCAUAUGUUGCAUCUGUAUUGGGCAUUAACAACAAAAAAUCUCAAAAAUGUCAAUGAACACUGCUGAUUUAUAACCUCUUAUAAUUGUUUCCCCCUGGCUGUUUUUUAUUUUAUUUUUUUUUUCACAAAAAGCAUAUUACAUCAUUAUGAUUGUUCUUGGCAUUAAUAUACAUACAUACAGUUGUGCUCCAAAGUUUGCAUACCCUGGCAGAAAUUGUGAAAAUAUGACUGAUCAUGCAAAAAAAAUGAUCAGUCAUUUCCCGGGUGUGGGAAAUUAACCUUUAAUUGCCAUUUAAGCCUGUGUGUGUCACCUUGUGUGUCUGUAACAAGGCCAAACAUUCAAGGGUAUGUCAACUUUUGAUAAAGGCCAUUUGGGUGAUUUCUGUUAUCAUUAUGAUUUAAAAAGGAGCCAGACAACUAUGUGAUGAUAAAUGGCUUCAUGUGAUCACUAUCUUUAAAUAAAAGACAGUUUGUUUGCAUGAUCAGUCAUAUUUUCAAAAUCAAUGCCACAAUUUCACAAUUUCUGCCAGGGUAUGCAAACUUUUAAGCACAACUGUAUAUAUGUAUAUAUAAAUUACACAACAGUAAGGCACUUACUGUAGAGGUGAGUGGAACCAUUUGCUAAAACGCACAUCUUUUACACAAGAUGUAAACAUUAUACAUGUUAAUGUGAUUUUAGUUAGAAAAAAAAAAAAAAAAAAAAAACAAUUGCUUUCUAAGCUUAUCUGUGUAAAGUUAUAUCCAAUACUGGGAAUACAAGGUUUUGUUGUCAUAACAAUGAAGAAAAUACUGGAUAUAACCAUUCACUACAUUUGUAAGUGCCUUACUGCAACAACAAUUUUUACUUAAAAGACAAACGAUCAUUAUUAUUUAUUUUUUUUUUAUUAUUUUUAUUUUUUUUUGUGGUAAACAACAUUGUCACAAAUGCUAUUCAUUGACCUGAACUUGUAUAGAACCCAGAGCAUUCCUUUAAUGUAAUCAUGAAACAAAAAAAAGAGAAUCAUUAAAAAAAGAUUAUAUUUUGCCUAAAGAAAAUGAAGCCUAUUUUAGGACUAAUAAGGUUUUUGCAUUGUGAAAAAAAAACAAUGUGUCUGGACAAUUUACCAAUAUUUUUAGUUAUAAGUUGAAUAUAUUUUUGUUUUUUCACAUUACAGUAAUGAGUAUUUUUCACAGUAAUUAAAUUUUUUGGCCCAAUGGUAUUGUGGAUUGGGGAGGGAAUGUUUCUAAAGGAAUGUUCCGGGUUUAAUACAAGUUAAGCUCAGUCGACCCAAAAAAAAAAAAUAUAUAAUAAUAAAUAUAUAUAUAUAUAUAUAUAUAUAUAUAUAUAUAUAUAUAUAUAUAUAUAUAUAUAUAUAUAUAUAUAUAUAUUAAUAAAUGUGGUUACAGUAAGGCACUUACAAUGAAAGUGAAUGGGGCCAGUCCAUAAACAUUUAAACACACUGUUCAAAAGCCACAAGACGUAAACACUAUACAUGUUAACAUGAUUUUACUGUCAUAAAAUCAUUUACUAACCUUAUCUGUCUUAAGUUAUAUCCAAUAUUACAACUUUGGUUCAUGACGACAUAACGCUGGUAAACCCUGUAAUGUGGUAAACACCGUAACGCCAUUAAUCCCUGAAUCUAAAAUCAUGUUAGCAUGUAUAAUGUUUCCAUCUUGUGGCUAUACUUUUGAAACGUGUGUGUUUUAAUGUUUGUAGACUGGCCCCAUUCACUUCCAUUGUAAGCGCUUUUUAAAAUAAACAAGGGACGAGUCAAAAUUAUUAUAUAUAAUGCUACAAAUGCUGUCGAUUGAGCUUAACUUGUAAUGAACCUGGAAUAUUCCUUUAACACAGUGUCCUAACUCAUUGAUUUUGGACCAGUGAUAUAUCACUGUAGGCAGGUCCACCCAACGAGAAAUGUCCAGUCCCUCAUCACUUGCUACGGUUGCGGCUGGUUGGGAGAAAACCUCAGAUUUACAUGGAAGAGAUGGCUUUUAUUGAGUUGUGCCUGGUUAGGACCCAGUGUAAUUGUCAUGUAAACAGGCUUCUUUUUUUUUUAAUAUAUAAACAUAUAUAUACAAAAUGAAAUUUCUGCUUUCUUUUGAUUUUGGACUAAAAAGUGUCCUAGACAUAUUCUUGACAGGUUUUAUGAUAUUCACACAUAGACUGUCUGUGCAUAUUUCUGAGAAACCAUCAUAUCACUCCUGUUUUACUGCAAAUACGAAUAGGCUACAAGCUGUAAUGAAUGCACACUGCACCCAUUUCAUGACUGUGUACUGUAUGUCAGUCUGGUGAAAGAGGAUCUAAAUGCUUUAUCAUAUGUGUGACUCUAAGGGCAGAAACAAAGUGCAUUUACUUUCCCCAAGGGAAAUAGAUGUUCUGAGCCAGUGUGACCACAACUAAACUGAGCAACCAAAAGUUAUUACAGUUAUUUUGAUUCCAAUGUGGUCAUUGAGCUUUAGCCCUGGAGCUACAGAGGAGAAAAACUUUUGCUGUUUCCGUCAGUCGUUUCUGUCCUAUUUCCCUGUCCUCGUGUCAUAUGCUUAUCCAGAAUAACAAGAGGGACUUGUGCAAAGUGUUUUUUAGUGUUUUGAUAGAUUGGACUGAGAGACUGUGGGAUUUUUGGUAAAGAAUUAACCAAGCUGGCCAGUCUUCUAUUAGAUUGCUGUUGAAAAUUGAAAAACUUAAGCAUACUGGUGUCAGCCUUUAAAAAUUAGAUCUGAAGUGUUUAUAUAUGAGGAGAGUGAUUUGGUUUGCUACCCUUAGCUUUCCAGUCGUUGUUAUUAGUAUUGUUGUUGGUUUUUUUUUUUUUACUUUUUAUCUAUUCUUUUGCAGUGCUGUGUCUGGCAUACAAUUAAAGAAUAUUAUUUUGCAGUGGUCAGUCAAACAGUUGCUUUUAUUUGUCCAAUAUUAUUUUAUAUAUAUCUUAAGCAGUGCCAAGCACGGUUGAUGUAACUGGAUCUUUUUCUUCCUCUUUUUUUUAUUUUUUAUAUUCUAGCAUAACUGCCUAAUGCUGAUUUAAAUAAAGAACAUGAUUUAUA